UUGUGUCAUAUUAUUUGUUUUUAGUUCUGAUAUUAUUUAUUUUAUAAAUUUUUCUGUUUGUAACUAAACAUGUAGUGUAUAUAGUUAAUUAAGACUAAUAUAAAGUAAACUCGAUAUUGUGGAUUAUAAAAUGCAGGUCAAUAAAAUAAAAACAACUUUAAAAUUUUUACGAUCACCUUCCAUGCUGCAAAGUAAAUUACGAUGUUUACCAACAAUACGACACAAUUUUACUUCAACCGUGGAUGUUAUGGAUGUAUUUACAAAUGAAUUAUUAAAACAAGAUAAACCAAAGUCUGACAUAUGUAGUGUAAGUAAUUUAUUUUCUGGGAAAGAAAUUCGAUUGAGUUACUAUAGCAAAGACGACAAUAAUACAAACAAUUAUGUUGAAAUGACAAAUGAAGAGAUUGACAAUAGCUUACUAGACCUUUUAUCAAAGAAUAAGAACAAACAAGUUGUAGAUUUGGUAAAAAUGUGUACUAAUAAUAGGAAAUUGAUAAGUAUGAACACUAUAAAGAGAUUAUUUAGAACUUAUAGCAUUGCCGGAAAGCCAGACAUUAUCGUUAUUCUCCAACAAUACUGCUAUAAUGUUGAUUACGGGCUUUAUAAGCGUAAUGGGGAAUUUUUACAUUAUUUGGCGAAAGCUCAUUGUUUCAAAGGUAAUGCAGAAAAAGGUCUUACAAUAUUAUCAAAUUGUUACAAGAAAUAUGAAGGUUUAAGAGGUUUCUAUAGAAUAAUAUUUAGAGAAUUAAUACAAGAUACCAUUCUAAACAGGUCUGAGGCCUCUUUGGUUAUUUUUAAGAAGUAUGUCUUAGAAUUUAGUAAGAAAUGGAAUGAUGAUUAUCCACUUGUAUGUUUUUGGCAUAUGUGUUGGUCUAGUACUUGGUUUUCUGAUCAAAUGCUAUCUAAUGAGCUAUUGGAGACAUCUGAAAAAUUACAAAAUAUAGUUAGAGACAAGGCAACAAUAUUUAGUAUUAAUAUUUUAAGGGAGUACAACGAAGAUGCUGUGGUGAGCUUAAUGCAGUCGCUACUUAAAUAUAAAAUGAUGACAGAAUAUACUAAAGUUUUACAAUUGCUUUUUAAUUACAAAUUGAGAAACCGCGAUCUCCGAGGUUGCAGAGAGAUAGUCCGGAAUUGUGAAGCUCUCGGUAUAAAAUUACCUUCCGACCAACAAGGAAGAUAUAUAAGAAUGCUAAUAAAUAAUGAAAUACCGGAAGAAAAAUCUAUAACAAAACCGACAUUGAAUUUUAAAUUGAAAUUUUAGAUUUUUUACAACAUUUUAUUGGAGAUGUAUUAUACUACUAGAUGACAGAAUUAUCAGGACUUAGUUUUUUUUUUAGUAUAAAGCAAAGGUUUCUCUCUUACCAAAGUUUCUCGCUUAUAGAGGUGGUCCUUCGAGACCGGAUUAUUCUCGCGUAAAGAGGUUUCUCGCUAAACAAGUCGCAAAUACAUUGUCAACAAAUAAAAACAUGUUUUAAUACUGGUUUCGAGUAUGGAAACUCAAUGCCAGGAUACAAUUCGAACAUUUUAGUUAUAGGCAUUUAUAAAUGGUCCUUUGAUGUAAAUUAUUUUGUGUUUUAAAGCGAUAAUCUAUUAACACUUGGCUAAGUAGUUACUAUGUAUGUUAUGAUGUGAGGUUACGAGUUUAUCUCUUAUCAUAAUGACUUAAGUGUUAAAACAUUACACGUGUCCGAAGAAACAAUUAUAGUUCUAAUAACUAGAUUUCCAUUGCCUAAAUCAGUAUUUACCAAAGUGGGCGAAAACGCCCCCUUGUGGGCGCUGCAGGUCUCAAGUUGCGGGUUAUAGUAAAAGUUU